CCGCAGUCGGUGUCUGUGCAGGAAGGUCUCUGCGUUCUCGUCCCCUGCAACUUCACGUACCCAGCCUCGUAUGACACCGACAACCCCUCGGCCCAGCUAGACAUACAAUGGUACAAGGAGCCUGCUACUGUGGGCCAGGAUCCUCCUGUGGCCAGCAGUCUCUCCAGCGCUGGGGUGUCGCAGGAGACCCAGGGCCGGUUCCGGCUGACGGGGGAUCCAGCGAACGGCGAUUGCUCCCUGCAAAUCAAUGAUGCCCGACGGAUGGAUGCGGGGAUUUAUAUCCUUUCCAUCGAGAAAGGCUCAUUUGAACACACUUACCGCUCCAAUGCCGAUGUCACUGUCCCUGCGCUCACGAUCUCCGUGCCAGGGCUGAUGGAGGAGCCAGAGAUCCAGAUCUCACCGGCACGGGGGAUGCCAUGGAUGCUGGUGGCUGGGGAGCCAGUGACUAUAACCUGCACGGCCCCUGGGCGCUGCUACGGGACCCCUCCCCGAGUCGCCUGGACGGGGCCGUUCAAUGACACAGCCCAGAACGUCUCAGCCGAGCUGGCAAAUGGCACCUGGGCCCACAGCUCCGUGUUCCGCUUCACACCCACCCUGGGAGAUAAUGGCAAAGAGCUCGUCUGCAACAUCACCUACUACCCACCACAGGGACCUUCCACCACCAGAACCAUCCGGCUCCACGUCAGCUGUUCGAAGGAUCCUGGCAACACGGUGAUCAUCGGGACGGCCUGUGGGCUGGCGGGCCUCAUUGGCUUAUUCCUUCUCGGGCUCUGUGUGAUCAAACUGCGGGGCCGGGAGUCGGCACCACCCAGCGCCGAGGCCGGGGAGACAGCUAAUGGGAGCCAGGCGGAGCACACGGCCAACGAGGCCAGUGUGAGCUACAGUACCAUCACCAGUAUGCCCAUGCAUCACAAGACUCCAGCCACCCACCGGACCAAAGGUGACCAGGACAGGGCUGACACAGCACAGGCACCGGAGGAGCUGCACUACGCCUCCAUUGAAUUCUCCAAGCCGCAACGCAAAGCGGGGGAGCCUUCAGAGUCCCUAGGCAUGGAAUAUUCCAAGGUCCGGCGGAAAUAGCCCCCUCACACCAUGGGCCCAGGCUGGGUGUCUCCGGCCCAUCCAGUGCAGGGGGAUCACAGUGUGGAGGGAAGGGGGAAGGGGUUGGCCCAGGGCUGGACCUGCGACGUGGGAAACCUGGGUGCAAAUCCCUGCUCUGGCCUGGACUCAACUAGGCCUUGGAGAUGCUGGAGCACUGCAUUGAGGGGAGGUAUCCCAGAGUCCUCUGCAGCUGGGUCUCAAAGCCUGCCCCUUCCCAAACCCCACUGCCCCCAGAGGAAAGAGCCUCUCACCCCUCAGCCAGAGAGUCUCUCUUCUACCCUGCCUGAGCCCUCAUCAACUUCUUUCACAGAUGGACAGGAUUUUCAAGCUCAGGGGCAGCAGCUGGUGGGAGUGGAGGGAUGGGCUUGUGUUUAAGCUGCUGGCUGGGUACUCUGAGUUCUAAUCUCUGCCUCACUAGAAAUGCUGUACGGUGAGGUUGGGAGAGGUUGCUGCAUCUGUCUAGUCUCAGUUUCCUUACCCCAAAAAUCAGCAUAAUAAUGGUGCCCUGGGUUACUUACAUUAUAAACUCUUAGGGGCAGGGAUGGUCUCUCCCUGUGUCUGGGCAGCACCUGGCACAACAGGGCCCUGGUCUCUGUCUAGGUCAAUCAGUGCCACGUGAUUAUAACUUCUUAAUAACAAUGUUCUAUUGAAGGUAACUUGUUCACUCCAAAGCCAAAAACAGCCGACUGUAAAAUUCCCUGUUUACAAACUGUUACUUGAAAUAGAUUUUCAUGUGUCAUUUUUUGUCACUGCUACUUUUUCAAAAAAGAGCCAAUUACAAGUAUGACUUAUUUGUGUCCAGUAAAGAAUCAGUUUUCACUUCUGUCUUUCCCCUGGAAGGCCCUGAUUGCAGCUGGUUUCUGGGCUGGGCCGGGCAUAACACGGCCCCAAUUCCAGCUGGGGCGAGGCCUGUCUCUCACUGUGUCUGAGCAGCACCUGGGACAAUGGGGCCCUUGUCAUAAACAUACAGCUAAGGGGAGCAUAAAAUCCAUCCUUUACCUCCAAGGGGUUAAGAAGCUCAAAUAACCUGGUUGGCACCUGACCAGAAGGACCAAUGGGGAAGGAAGAUACUUCCAAAUCUGUGGGGGGAGGGAAGAUUUUGUUUGUGCUCUUUUGUGUCUGCUCUCUCGGGAUGGAGAGGGACCAGGGCAGGAAAAAAACCUCUCCUAAAACCCUACCUGAAAUAAGCAUUAAAGGUUACAAAAAUUGU